AUGGUUUCCCGGCUGGCAGAGUCUCUUCCUUCGCGCAAAACAAAAAAGAAUGCUAUUGAACUUGACUCGAAGUUGAGCCUAACCAAGGUUCUUGCAGGUUUGGGUCUUAUCACAUCUGGUCUCACGACAAAUUGCGACAACAGGCCCAUGGGCCUUUAUGAGUCACCGAACGGCACUGUAAAUGAUCUGCUAUGGGACAGGUCUUCAGUCCAAGAGCGAAAUUCGGCUGUCAAGGGCUAUAUAACCUCGGCCUGUGUAGGUGAAUACCAUCUGUCAAGCAUCAGCAUACAAGUUUUCCAAGCUACCUACAACGCGAAGUUUCCCGCAUCUUAUCUGACCAAGGAAUUGGAUGGGAAGAUGGAAUCGAUUGUUGACAUCCCAACAUGGACGUCUCGUGCAACCCUGGAUGCAAUUGGUGAAGCUGCUUUCAGCUACCAGUUCAAUUCCCUGGAUAAUGGAGAUAACGAGCUAGCAAAUGCAUUCAAUAAUCUUUGUGAGAUCAUUUAG